GCUAGGACUGAUUGCAGUUAGCAGGGUGGAAUCUGGCUAAUUAUUUUGAAUUUGAAAUUAAGGAAAACAAGGAAAAGCAGUCUAAGGAUUUAACUGAAUACUGUUCAAAAAUGCGUCCUGCACGGAAAUGGUGGACUAUUUGCACGAUAAGCAUCCUUCUGAUUGUCUAUAAUAAGACAAAAGAAAUAUCAAGAACUGAAGAGCACCAGGAAGCGCAACUCAUAGGUAAUGGCGACCUCAGUUCAACUAGACUAAUGGUCAAUAGUUCUGAUAAAAUCAGUGGGAGGGGAAGACCUGCACUCUUCCAGCAUUCAGCUGAAGGCUGGAAAAUUAAUUCUUCCUUGGUAUUGGAGAUAAGGAAAGAUAUUCUUCGAUUUCUUGAUGCAGAGAAGGAUGUCUCAGUUGUCAAAAGCAGCUUUAAGCCCGGUGAUGUAAUCCACUAUGUACUAGAGAGACGUCGAACACUCAACAUUUCACAUAGUUUACACAGUCUACUGCCAGAGGUGUCGCCAAUGAAGAACAGGAGAUUCAAAACCUGUGCUGUGGUUGGCAACUCAGGGAUUCUUCUUGACAGUGGAUGUGGAAAUGAAAUUGACAGCCAUGACUUUGUAAUAAGAUGUAAUUUGGCACCCCUCUCGGAGUUUGCAGAAGAUGUGGGAAUGAGCUCCGAUUUCAUUACCAUGAAUCCCUCUGUUAUACAGCGAGUGUAUGGAGGAUUUAAGAAUGAAUCAGACAGAGAGAAAUUUGUCCAGAGGCUGGCCAUGCUGAACGGUAGUGUCCUCUGGAUCCCUGCCUUCAUGGUGAAAGGUGGAGAAAAACAUGUGGAGUGGGUUAAUGAGCUGAUCCUGAAGAAUAAAUUAAAAGUGAGAACCGCCUAUCCAUCGCUAAGACUCGUCCAUGCAGUGAGAGGAUACUGGUUGACAAAUAAAAUCAACAUCAAGCGACCCAGUACUGGACUUCUGAUGUACACCAUGGCCACCCGCUUUUGUGAUGAGAUUCAUCUUUAUGGCUUCUGGCCAUUUCCAAAGGAUUCCCAUGGAAAACCGGUUAAAUACCAUUACUAUGAUGAACUCAAGUACCGCUAUUUCUCAAAUGCAAGCCCCCAUAGGAUGCCACUGGAAUUUAAAACCUUAAAGAUGUUACACAAUAAAGGUGCACUGAAAUUGACAACUUCCAAGUGUGCACAGCCUUGAAGUGUAUUUUUGGGAUCUGUGCUCAGCCCCAGUGGUGGAAGUCUUAACCAGCCAUUACUAGGCAAUAGAAGGCUUAGCUUAUUAACUGUGAUGCUGUUGUUGGAAGGAGGUUUUUGAGAAGUGCUGACAGCUAAAAUGAAGAUAAAAAAACAUAAGUGAAUGUAAAAAUAAAAGUGCCAAGAUGUCGUGGAACACAAUUGAGUGUUUAGCUGUUUAGGUAUCUGAAUUUUAAAAAUAAAAGUGCUUAUGGACCGAUUGAAGUGAAGUGGUUGUCAAAAUGAAACACAAACUUAAAAAGGCUGCUUGUCAGCUGUCUGUUUGAGGAAAGCGUAUGGAAAAAUAAUGCCUGACAAUCUUCAGAAGGUCAAAACGAUAUGCUGUCAGCUAGCUAUCAAUUGCAGUACACAGUCUUCUUGUUAUGAAUGGUGGCAGACUCAGAACCUCUGGCGGGCUGAACAUAUGUGAUGCCAGCAAGAGCUUUGUGGCAGUGGCCCUAAGCAACUGUUCAAGAGUGAGCGUGAUUUGUGUGGCAAACCUUUCACUGGAUAAAACAAAGUCACACAAGUCCCUUUGUGUGCUUCAUGCACCAUGGCUAUACACAUCCAUACACCUGUCAAAGAGUGUAUCAGGUGUGCUGGCAUGGUGCAAUAAAACCACUGAAGAAGUCACAGGUCACAAACUAUUUAGACAUAUUGCAAAAUCAGUUUAGGAUGUUUUAAAUCAAAACAGGUGCCCUUAAUGUUGGUACCAAAGAUUCUACUGGUUGUUAUAGACAUCAAAACUAUAUACUGUGUGAAAAAGUUUAAUACUGUAAUGUUGUGAUACUUAGCAGCCUCAGGGCUAAAUUAUUUUUCUACUUGUAUUUAUGGGGGUGAAAUGAUUACCAGUAAUCUAAUGAUGCUGCUUAUCUCUCAACAAACCUCUUUUGACUGAAGUCAUUGUUACUUUAGAAAUGUAGACAGUAAAAUGGUAUUAUAGAAAUGUAAUUUUAUAUGAAUAUAGCAUUUCCCACUACCAGUAGAAUGUUCCAGUUGGCUCAUGCAACCACAGCAGUGAGAAAUACAGUGAAAUGUGAUAUGAGAGUGCCUCACAAUUAAAGCUCUUGUAUAAUUUCUCUGUCAAUGAAAUGGUUUCUAAGCCCAGGACAAAGCUGUCCAAGUAAAACACAAGUACUGUGGGUUUGUUCACAGCACUUUUAUUUAUUUAUUUAAUUUAUUUAUGUAAGCCUGUUUUCACAUGCUAAAAAGUUUUUUUUUUUUUUUUUUCCAUGGUUACCAAUAUGUUGAUUGCACAGAGGUUUCUACAAAUGUCUAUACCACCUUGAACUGUUUUAUUAUUAUUAUUAUUAUUAUUAUUAUUAUUAUUAUUAUUAUUAUUAGUAGUAUUAAAAAUGAAGGUGCGGUGCAGUAUUGUAUAUACAGAACUCACACAGCAACUUAAAAACAUAUGAGUCUUUGUUCUGGGCUCUGGGCAUUCUUACACUGGCUUAUUGAACCCGUCUUUUAUUUUUGUCACAGAGACAAGAAAUUAUUAAUUUCAUGUCAGGUUGUGUUAUUGUUUUUUGUGAUACAGAUGUAUAUACAUCUGUGAUGUAUAUGGCUAGAGUAAUUUGUAAUAUUUGGACAAAUACCGACUUUAAGGUACUGAAUGUUGUUUGUUUGUAUUGUUUUGAAAAACAUUUGAUACUGAUUGUUUUAAUACAUGUACAGUUAUGAAUUUUAUGAGUUUAGCUUUCUUUUGUAAAUUAUAUGUUAAAGUAAUAUUUCUAUGUGA